AUGGGUGCAAAUGGGUCCAAACCAGAAACAAAAGUGUUUACUCCUGACACUCCAAUCGACUUUAGUGCCACAUUCUUAUCACAAUUGGAAUCGUCUCCUGAAUCGGAUUUUUCCCGAGCUCAAUAUACCGAGAAAUAUAUCCAGGAUAGAGUAGCUGCUGAAUUGGCCAAAUUGGAAAAACAAACAAUAAGCAGUUUUAAAGAAACCACUGAUAAAGCUUUAUUGAAAGAUGACCCUGAAGAUCAAAAACUUUCAGUUGCGGCAACAAAUGAUAAAAUUACAAACUUGACCAAUGUGUUAAAAGAAAAUGCAUUAUUGGGGAAGGUUGUUAUUCCUCCAAAUGUGGAAGAAUCGAGAAAUGCCGUAAUCAGUUGUUUAAAGGAAAACCAAGGUAAGAGUUUAAACUGUUGGGAAGAAGUAGAAACAUUUAAAAAAUUAGUCAAAGAUUUAUAA